AUGUUGCACAAACAUCCAAAUGAAGGAUCACAUACAUACAAUGAUGGAAUCAAAUAUAAUAAUCAAGUGGUAAUCUGCGACGAUUCCACGUUAUCUGGAAUGGUUGAUCCAGUACGCACUCGAUUAAUAUUGAAAGUGUUUUUAACCAAUAUCCUUCAAGUGUUUCUAUCAAUAUUGAUGACUGCAUUAGCGUUCGCAAAUUUUAAAUUCUUUGUCAUGCUCGAUCAAACGUAUUGGUUAACUUUUAUUUUGAGUUCCAUUUCGAUUGUUGCAACCAUUACAAUUUUCUUUAUUCAGAGAUUCCCACAUUUGAAAUACCUCACGGAUUUCCUUUAUGUACUACUCAGCUUCAGCUUUGCUGGUGUGAUAACUUGUCUUUCAAUCUACGUGGAAGGAAUGUUCAUAUUUAUCAGUUGGAUUUUGGCCAUUAUUCUAUCAGUGUUAUUGUUUAUGGUUGGAAUAAACAUUAAACGUGAUUUGGUCAGUUAUUUUCGGUCGUUUUUGAUUUAUGUCAUUAUUAUCAUACUUAUCAUUAUUGCACUAUUGAUCCCAUGGAAACUUGGAGUUUCUCAGGUGACGUGGGCAAUUGGUCCCCUUGUUUUAGCCAUCGUAAUUCCGGCUAGUUUAAUUGAAGCUCAAAUAUUUUGCGGAGGAAGAAGAAUAUACUACAGAGCUGAAGAUUUCAUAUUUGCAUCAAUGGUUCAUUUGUUCUUACUGACUUUCUCAUAUUCUGGAUUUAUUUUACUGUUUCUCAACAUUAACUUAUCCUAA